ACGGCUUCACCUCCUCCUCCCGUCUCGGGUCCGCUCACCGGAGCUAAGCACGACAGUUUCAUGCUGUGCAACGAGAGCCUAGUGUGUGCCGCUGCAUGUGGGGCAUGCGACUGCACUAGUCAAAGCUCGUGUUAAGUGCAGCUUCCAUAUAAUACAAGGAGUGUGUAUGUUGGUCCUCUCACGCUUGGUGUGUGCUGCUUACUUGCGUUCGGUAGGGUGAAAGAAAGGAGCGUAUCGUUGACAAUGGGACCUAUCUCCAACGGAAUGUUCGUGCUUUUCGUUGUGGGUAUUUUUCAACUCUGCUGCGUCGAUGCCCGUGAACGUCCUGUGGUCAAAACAAAUUACGGACUCGUCGAAGGCAUCCAAUUGAAUGCGGGUAGCGAAAAAGUGGACUCUUUUCUCGGUAUUCCCUACGCCACGCCCCCAGUGGGUAACCUUCGCUUCGAAAGGCCGCUACCAGCCAAGCCCUGGAAAGGCAAGUACAACGCAAGCAGCAAACCUGCACCAUGCAUGCAGAGUGACUUUCCAAUCUACGAGGACAUUGUGCUCGACUACACGCAUUCCAGCGAGGACUGUCUGUACUACAACGUUUGGCGACCGACGCGUAGCUGCCCCAACGACACAGAAACGUGCGAUGCCAAGCUUCCAGUUAUGGUGUUCAUACAUGGUGGCGGGUUUCAGUUCGGGGACUCCUCACUGUUUCUUUACGAUCUCAGCAACUUGGCUGUGAGUUCCAACAUCAUAACAGUGAGUUUUAACUACAGACUCAAUUUCUUCGGCUUCCUGACAACGGAGACGGCCGACCUGCCUGGAAACAUGGGCAUGUGGGAUCAAGUGCUCUUUCUCAAAUGGGUCAACGAGAACAUCGCUUACUUCGGUGGCGACCCUAAUGAGGUCACGGUGGCGGGUCACAGUGCAGGGGGCAUCUCCGCCGGACUACUGGCUGCGUCGCCUUCGACCAAAGGGCUCAUCAAGCGAAUCAUUAUGCAGAGCGGAACGCCUCUUACACUUCUUGCUGGAUCAACUUACUAUAGUCCUGACAAGUUCUAUGACGUAUCACGUUUUCUCGGCUGUCAUAACGGCGAGGCGAAGAAGAAGGACCUGGACCUUCCUAAGACGAUAAAGUGUCUGAAGAAGCUGAAUGCCCGCAAAAUAAUCAGGGCGCUGCUCCGUUUGACUUUAGGACAGCGUAUCUUCUCGCCGCAGGAAGGUGAUGAAUUCUUCCCGUACGACCCUCUAGCGAUCGACACCUGGAAAAACAUCCACGUCAAGGAGGUGUUCACCGGCAGCAACCUGAACGAAGGCACGGGUUUCCUACACUACGUUCUCAAGUACCACCAUGACCUCCGGGACAACCUUAAGGUGGAUUAUCGGGCGACCAUUACGGCCAUGUUGUCGCUUUUUGCCGACGUGCCACUGGUAACUGGGAGAAGAAUGACAAAGGCCUACUUUGGUGGUUACGAGGUAAAGCACAAUGACCUGGAAGUCGUACAGCUCCUUUCCGAAAUGAUGGGCGACAUCGUCUUCAAGUGCCCGACGCACCUUUUCACUGAGCUCACAGCGCUUCAAGGACUACCUUCAUACAGGUACUUGUUUACCUACAGGCCGUCCUACAGCAUAUUCCCAAAAUAUUUCGGUGUGGUGCACUCUGAAGAACUACCGUUUGCUUUGGGAAGUUUGAUCUUUUCUACCGAUCCAACAAGAGCCAGCAUCGCUACAGACAGCCUUCCCAGGGGCUUUCUGGGAAGGAGUUACACCACCAAUGAGACGGCAUUUAUGCGACAACUGAUGGAAGUGUGGGGAUCGUUCGUGUCUACAGGAAAACCAUUGAUACCUCUUAGAGACGACGAGUGGCCAAGCUAUACGAAAACAAGACAAGACAUCGUUCAGCUCAUGCCCUUCAACUACACCAUAACGCUUGACGAAUCGCAGGACAAAUGCGAGCUCUACAGGCCUUUCAUGAUCAGGAAAGGCGCUGGAAAGAAGCCUCCUCUCAGGAUUGCUUCUUCUGGAAAUGCCGCCUCGAGCGGCAAACCGAUCACCCCAGCCGUGGCGAGUGGUGCGAACCGAAAGACCAACAACGUUGCUGCAGCACUCACAGCAUGCUGCCUCAUGGUAGCCAUGCGACACCUGUUUGCAACAAUGUUGUAUAUGUGACACAAGUGCAUCUAUUGUGUGCUAGUAUGAAAGUUUGUGUGAAGGACAACAGAAAAAUUAUAACAGCUCUGCAGCAGGAAGUGCACUGCAGUGAAAAAGGUCGACAAUGAACGCGAGCAAAAGGAAGGAUAGGUGGGCUAGCUGGUAAUGCAUUAUAAUAAAAAGUUAGAGUGCUAAAAACACUGAGUAGUGAGUGAGUGCAUGCGGUGUGUGUUUCUUCUUUUACGUCCUUUGUGUUUUUAGCACUCUAAGUUUUUAUUAUAAUGAACACGAGCUUGUGGAAUAUGCAUGGACGGUUUCCAUGUAUGCAAAAGUUCCACAAACGCUUUCCUACGUUAACCCAUUGUGACGCGGUCCUCGGAGAAAUCUGAAUGUCGUCGUUCUGAAGAAAACAUCAGCCAAAUUUUUAACAAUCAGUUUUAUUCUACACACAUAAAAGAAGAAUUAGAAACUAAAUGGAUCAUUUCGAAGCACUGCCCUAGUUUCAGCACCAAAAAAAUCAUGUCGGAAGAAUACUUCUUACAGACGAGCUGAAAAGAAAACGACAGCUGGCUUUGUUGCCCUCAGGUAGUUCCGCGCAGCGAAAAGCCACAGCCAGCAAGUAAAUGUUCACUUCUGGAACAGAGCUAGGCAGGACAGGGAUAGAAAUCUACAGGUCAGUGUUCUAAUAAAGCGUCCGUUAUAAGACGCGUUCAGUUUACGACGAGGAAAUUUAGUUAAGAAAUCAGCGCGUUUGUUUAAAGGGCCCAUAACCAUGCAGUAUAUAGAAACAACUUUUUAGGGACGUUUGCGCGUCGGAAGAUGCCGUAAAUUUUACGCUAUGGUUGACUGAUGCAGUAUACGUAGGUGGUGUUCUCAGCUUUCCCUUCUUCCCUCAGUGCUUGCCUUAACCUUGGCCUGCUCCUAGUAUGCGCAGGAGAUCCGGCAGAUAUGACCCACAUUCGAAUUUUUAAAGCAUCGCUGGGUUCCUUAGUUGCUAUACGCGGCGACACCAACCUGCAACGCGUGUGUACUCUGUACAUCUGCUGGAAUCGAUAUGCAAGGAGCUAUUUCUUGAAAGUUAUCAGCAGUGUGCUUUCCCUGUAGGCAUCGAGGCGCUGGCGGUGACGUUAGCGGUGGCUGCAUGAGAAGUCUGGGGCCCUAUAACAUAAAACUAUUCCGAUAUGUUUUUAUUCCAGUCUACUGACGUCAAAUUUGCGUAACCACCGACGAAAGCAUCGGGCGGUCACCCGCAGGGUUGUCUCAACAGACCAAUCAAACGCUCUCCUCGUUCAUAGGAUGUCACAUUUGUUUACUUGAAAAACGAAUAACAUUACCUACACUGAGUUCUAAUCUAAUUGGCUCACAAGAGGCGAGGAGCACGCUCAAGUGGGGAGGGAUUCGAUGGGGCCGAGCCACUGCACUGAAAAUCGGUAAUCAGAUGAACAGGGUGGUGCCGGCGUCUGCGAUUGGUCCGCUUUCCCUAACGUAGCUUGUGGUGGCUAGUCGACAAUCGCAGCGGCAUGCAACGGAACCUUAGGAAUCACGCUAAAACGGAUCCUCAGCAAAGAAGAGUUGGCAGAACGAGUUCGUAAACGUGCCGAAGGUGCUCGCAAACGUUACAUGGCCAAGCAAAAAGUUUUAUUACACGCAAAGAAACCCAUGCUCUCCGGCAGGAGCGAGUAGCCAGUGCCUGAGCGAUCGGCGGCAGCCAUCUUGUAUUCGUUUCGGAACGGAGCAGCCUGCCGCUAUUCAGAAAAAAAAAAUCAGUUUUGUUCGCCAUAUUAAUGCAUCUUUAACGCGUACUCGUCACUUUGACGCGGUAAGUUUUCGCGGUUUUGUGACGCCGCGUGACGGCUGGCGAAGUUGGUGAAACCCUAAAGCUUUUGACCAAUAGCCGAGGUCUAACAGCGAAAAGGCACCGAAUAAAAAAUAACUACUUUUUUUUGUUUGGUCCAAUCAUUCAUAAUCACUGUGUAAACAUCAUAUCAGAUGGGGAGCUAUCACGGUUUUCGUGGCGGCAUGUGACAGAAAGAUGAAGUGGGGGUGGUCAAAAAAAGUUUUUGACCAAUCACGGAGGGCUGAUUGCAGAAUUAGAAUAGAAAAGUUUGGAAUAGUUUUACGUUAUAGCGCCCCUGCUCACCACCGAAAAGCGAUAACACACUUUAAGUUGAACUUGUAGAUUCCAUACCAAAUUUUUCUAGAAUAUUUUACCAAUGUAGUCACACUUAGAAAUAUCGAAAACUGCACUUUUCCAUUUCCUGCGGGCAGGAGACAUUGCAAUAUCGCAACAGUUCGUUCAUGAGGAGGAAGAGGGUUGUUGCUUACUGCCGGCGAACUUACGCUUGCAAAAGCUCGCGUUAUUUGACCAGGCCGAGUGCCACUUAUCACGUGCGGUAGAGGUUGAUGCCGGCCGUAACACAAGCAGGAAAGGCUAACAACGAGGAAGGAUUUGAACUGGGGCGCAACACACCGUGCGUAAUCCUUCCCACUUCACCAUGCUAGACCAUCUGCACGGUUCAUCAUUCGCGGUUUACCACAUUGUCGCGAAGAAAAUUGAGGAAUAGCCGAAAUACCUCCCUCAUGAAUAUCUAGAGUCCUCGAGGGAACAAAAUGUCACUUGAGCUUGUGUGCAGAGCCAUUCUACGCUUGAGUUCAUCCACGAAGACCUGAAGUUCUGUAUGAAACACACUACUACGCCGCAUCAGCCGUGUGUGACCAAGCGAGCACGCAAAACCGAAGCCGCCCUCCUGUGUUGCACCUACACAGCGCCAGCGCAAACAUCAGCGUAGCGGUGAAAGGACUUAGCGCGUCAGUGUCGUGCGGGCACUGUCUAGCUAUUAGUGACGUUGCCCAUAAUAUGUAAGAGUUCCUUCAACAUGUUGGUUUUAUCUGUGACCUAACUAAAACGCGCCUAAAAUGUGUGCCUUUGAAAAUAAAUGAUCAAAUACUCUGCAAGGCUCUUCACUUCCAUCUGCGUUGAAUUCUCGCACGUAAUUCUGACACCGACGACGCACACAUUGUCGCUGUUCGCAAGCAAAUAUGUACCUCCUUUUGUUAUUGGCCUUGUAUGCCUCAUAAUUUUGCAGACUUCAGACGAAUUUUCAUUAAUAAACUAACGUUGUCUUGAAGGUUA